GAAUCGAAGUGCGUCAUUGUACUUACCGCGAAGCCACGGAUCACGUGCACCAGCGACCACGUGAUUUUGCUGAGGCGAGCGGGAUGAUGUCAUCUGUUCUGGGUAGCUGUGGUUGGCUUGGUUUAGGCGUGAUGGCCGGAACAGCCACGUGCAGUGUAACGGCCUUUCUCUCAGGGGGUUCUUGCGCCUGUGGGAGAGAUAGGAUGUGAACGUUGGUGUUAACGCGCGUUAGGAACUAAUAAAUGCCCCAAGAGAGAGGCCUCCUGUGCUGUAGGAAGGAAUCUUUUAACUGAGCCAGUUGGCUACUUGGAAUCCUGUUUCUCAGCCAAGAAUGGUACUCCAAGGCAGCCAUCUGUUUGUAGCCAUUCGCGAGCUUGUUUGAGAAUUCGGAAGAGCAUCUUUAAUAAUCCUGAACAUUCCUUGAUGGGCUUAGAACAGUUUUCUCAUGUUUGGAUUUUGUUUGUUUUUCACAAAAAUGGUCAUUUGAGCUGUAAGGCAAAAGUGCAGCCUCCUAGGCUGAAUGGUGCAAAGACUGGAGUUUUCUCCACAAGGAGCCCUCAUCGUCCCAAUGCAAUAGGAUUGACUCUGGCCAAGCUGGAAAAGGUAGAAGGUGGAGCCAUAUACCUUUCUGGAAUUGACAUGAUUCAUGGCACACCUGUCCUAGACAUAAAGCCCUACAUAGCUGAGUAUGACUCACCACAAAAUUUGAUUGAACAUUUACAGGACUUUAAUUUACAGAAUAACCAAUAUAAGCACCCAAACACGCCCCGGUCCGGUGGCAAGACUGACAGCUGUGACCAGCAACAGCUCUCAAGGUAUGAUAAACCACAAUACUAUGGUCACACUGAGGAGAAACUUAAAUGUGCCGAAGACAGAACUUCAGGAGAAAACUAUAUGAAAUGUGACAGCUCAACACAAAUCCGGCGAAACUCCCCUAAGCACAGAGAGAUAGUGGGAGAUUUGGGUGUCGAAUCCAGAAGUGAUCAGAGUCCAAGUGUGGCAGAAGAGCAAAUCGGCCCAUAUUUCCUGGAGAAGAGGGGUACAGAAAGGAGGCAAAGGAGAGGGAAAGAAGCAGUGAUUGCACAAGGAAGUAGUACAGAGGUCCAGCCUGUGGUCCUUCACUGCCGUCCCAGGAGGGCUGAUGCAGCCCACUGCAGCGUGGUCCCCGCGUGGGUGAGAGAGGCCCCUGUGGCCACCUUGGAAGUGCGGUUUACUCCUCACGCAGAGAUGGAUCUUGAGCACCUCAGUUCAGGAGGUGUACCAGAUGGCAGUCAGUCUUCAUUUAAAUAUUUUCAAUCAGCAGAGGAAGCAAGGCAUGCCAUUGAGGCUGUGCUGUCAGCUGACCCUCGGUCUGUGUAUCGACGGAAGCUCUGCCAGGAUCGCCUUUUCUACUUUACUGUAGACAUAGCGCAUGUCACUUGCUGGUUUGGUGAUGGCUUUGCAGAGGUUCUAAGGAUCAAGCCAGCUUCGAAGCCUAUUCAAAUGACUGACCCUACAGAGUCCUUGGUGUCUCUGGGAUCGUAAGUAGCCUCUAUCGUGUGUUUUAAACAGCCUAAUUGACUUUGGAUGGGGCUGUUGGAUUAUCUGCAUGAACUAACAAUGUGCCGCCUUUGCAAAAAGAAGCAACACUUUGUGAUCUCAUUGCUUUGAUUGAUUUAGGUUGUUCAAAAUAUUUAUUUGAAAAACCUAUAUUUUAAUAAAGUGAGAGAUGUAAAAUUUAGAGAAGUUGCCAUAUGCUUUUCAGUUGGUUAAUGUUGAAGAAUCCAAAGGUGUUGAUGUCUCAUUGAUUUCUGAAAGAAGCUGAUUAUUCUUGGCACUUGGUAAAACUGGGCGGAGAGCAUUCUAGCAGGAACUUACAAGCUAAGGGGAUCUGUUCAACAAUUCAUACUGGUUUUCUUGUCUGGAAUAGUUUGACCCCUCUAUUUUAUUUUAAAUCAAACUGAGUUAACAUUGUUUUAAGAAACUAACAGAUCUGGGGCACCUGGGUGGCCCAGUUGAUAGAGUGUCCGGUUUUGGCUCAGGUCAUGAUCUCACAGUUUGUGAGUUUGAGCCCCGCGUCAGGCUGUGUGCUGACAGCUUGGAGCCUGGAGCCUGUUUCGGAUUCUGUGUCUCCCUCUCUCUCUGCUCCUCCCCUGCUUGUGCUUGGUUUCUCUCUCCUCUCUCUCUCUCUCUCUCAAAAAUAAAUAAACAUUAAAAAAAAAUAAAAAAAACGAAACUAACAGAUCGAACACAAGUGGUUGUAAAGAUUUUUAGAGAUUAAACCCCUGUAUAUCAGAGACUUUGGCCCAUACACAUAUAUAUGUAUGUAGUAUGCAUAUAUUUAAUCCUGAUUCCAAAAUAGACACUCUGAAGUUUCUCUGGAUGUCUUUGUAUCAGAAAAGAAAGUCACUCCAGAGGUCCAAGAAAAUAACUUAAUUACCGGGUUAUUUCUUACUUAUUGUGUAUUUACUGAAAAGCUACUGUGGGUUAGGUUUUGGUGAUAAAAGGAGGUAAAAACAAGAUGCAGUUCUUGUUGCAGGUCAUAGUUAGGGGAGGAAUUAUUUUAUUACAGUUAGAUAAAUAUAGUAAUUAAGUCUGUUCAUGGUUCCUGUGUAGUACCAUGUAGGAAGCAGUUGUAAGAAUGUAUUGCCUAUAGGUGAUUUUAAUGAUGUGAUCCCAGAUAACUGAAGAUUUAUGAUCAGCAUAACCAAAUUAGAUACCUGUCAACAUGAGAGGCUUUCCUAAUCACAACUGUAAAUCUUUUUUCUUUAAUUUUUUUUUUAACGUUUAUUCAUUUUUGAGAGACACAGAGAGACAGCAUGAGUGGGGAAGGGGCAGAGAGAGAGGGAGACACAGAAUCUGAAACAGGCUCCAGGCUCUGAGCAGUCAGCACAGAGCCCGACACGGGGCUCGAACUCAUGAACUGUGAGAUCAUGACCUGAGCCAAAGUCGGCCGCUUAACCAACUGAGCCACCCAGGCGCCCCACAACUGUAAAUCUUAAUAGCUGAUUGGUCAUGGUUUUGAAAUGAGUCCUGCUGCCUGUAGAUACUUGGACAGAGUCAUUUGCGGCUGAUGACACUGCACUCUUGAACCAAACUGGAUUGCCUUUGAGGUUGCUUAUAACCUCUUGGGGAAGUAUCUUUAAUUUGAUUUUUAAAAUCUCUUUAUUUUGAGAUAAUUACAGAUUCACAGGAAGUUGCAAAAAUAGUGUAGAGGCCAUGUGUACCCUUCACCUGGCUGCUUCCCAUGGUAACAUCUUACAUAAACUGUAGUAUAAUGUUAAAACUAGGAAGUUGACAUUGGUAUAAUCUUUUAUUUCGAUUUUGAUGCCUUUUCUCUUAAAAUUAUUUUGAGACUAAAUCAGGGCUUGAAGCACAAAAUGUUGAUAUUUGAUAUUGAAAAAAUAGUCUGAGGAUGAUAACAACCAGCCUUCUAGCAACAGGACUGUUCAGUUGUUUGAGAUUUUAAUAUACAUUCUCAGGAUUUUAGAACUAAAAUCCUAAAUAUAAUCCAGGUUAGUUCUCUGCCCACUUACCAGUCUCUUCAGUAUUCCCAGUGUUUGGCCUUUAAGCCCCCACUUAAACCCCUCAGUGAUGAUCCUUCACCCCUGCUCUUUGUAGUUCAUUAUGUAUGAUAGUGCUCAUUAUUAAAAUACUCUUCCUUUCUAUGAGAUAAAGUCUGUUCCCUGAUAACCACUGUUAUGUAGAGGGGCCACAUAACAUAUGGCUGAUAGUGCCCUUGUGUUAGCCUGUCAGAUAUUAUUCUAGCUCCCUACCCCUCAGUCCUGUCUCUCUGCUGAGCCACCCCCCCCGCCCCGUUUCCUUCAGCUCUUUCUCAUUUAACAUGAUGUUAAGCCUCUCCCCACUCCCAAUCUUUGAAUCCCCCAUGUGAGCUUUUGUCUCUAGGUAUGCAUUUUCAGUGUCCUGUUGUGAGGCAGUUUGGAUCUCUAAGUCAUGAACUUCCAUCCCUCAUAAAGAGAAAUAGUUUGAAGUAAGUCUUACAUUCCUUUUCAUUGUGGGAACUUUUCCAGAAGAAGGAGGUACAGUACUCUGUAUCGACCUUAAAUUUUAGCCUUUGCUUUUUGGUGCCUGUAGGGGGAGCCCUUGAUAACUGUUUCUUUUCAUUUCACUAGACUGGAGAUAAAUUCCAGUUAUUCAAGCUGUUUAGGUAAUUUUGGCUUUCAGCCCACUUGUCCCAGCUUUCCUGAACGGUAACUUCCACAAGAAAUACUGAUGCUUAUCAAUCUCUUAUAGGAAUAGAUUAGAGGAUGUGUGGCAUUUAUUAAAUCUUUAAAUUGUAGCUUGGCUUAAGGGCUGGCAUGGAUUAUUUCAGCAUGUGGAGGCUGUUCACAACCAGAAAGACUCAUUAGCCAAACCUCUGAGCAUGCAUAUACAUGGUAUUCAUGCUUUUUAUGUAUUUGUGACUUUUUUCUUUGGAGAGAAGAAAAUGGAGCUAAAGAUACAAAUCAACCUCUUGUUGGUAGUUUCCUUUUUGUGAUAGAGUCCCAAAGAAGGCAGGUGAAGACUCAGUAAUGAAAUCUGUAUCAGUUACUGAACUUCUUUCCUGUCCUUGGCAUGAGGGUACAUGCUUUUUCAUACAUUGGUCAGAGGUUAAGUAACAUGCUCAAGCUCACACAGCUGGUCAGCCAUGCAUGGAGGAUUUCAACCCAUCCAGUCUGGCCCCAGAGUUGGCUCCCUUCCCAGCAUGGCUCUGCUGCCUCCCCCUUGCAGAUACAGAUGCCCAGCAAACCAUGCUGGUUUAUUUGACGGGUCAACAAUUUCAUGUGCUUAGUAAGUGUAGGACACUUAGAGUGAUGUUCAUGGGAAUCCAGCCACUAAAUGAAGAACAGGGGGAGGAAUGAGAGUAGAAAUGCCCAUUCCAGAUCUCCGUGGGACCUCCUGGGAAGUAGCAUGGGAGAUGUGGAGAACACUGACUUUGGCCUCAGAAACUUCAAGUGCUGUUUUCUGCUCUGCCCUGUGCUAGCUUUGUGACCUACAGCAAGUCAUUUUACCCAUAUCCAAGUUCCCACCCUUUGUUGUUCCAAGGAUAAUGCUUGGGAAGGUAUUUUCUAAACUCUUCAGUGGUCUACAAAUUUAGGUAAUAUUUUUAUUGUGCCUGUUAUUACUGACACCCUUUCUGGCUUACCUGCCUGGACAAGCAGACUCAAGGGAACCAAGGGGUCCUUAAAAUACAAUGUGUGGGUGACCUCUGUUUUGUUUUAAUUACAGUUUUUUUGUUUUUUGUUUUUAGUAAGUAGACUUCAUACGCAGCAUGGAGCCCAACACAGGUCUUGAACUCACGGCCCUGAAAUUAAGACCUGAGCUGACAUCAAGUGUUGGAUGCUUAACUGACUGAGCCACCCACGUGCCUCCAGAAUUUUUUUAAAGGACUCCUGUUAGCAAGUUAUAGGAUAUUUUGCUAAGGGAGAUAUCACAAAGUGUCCUACCUUAAAAACCCAGGUGACAUUAAGCCACAUGCCUAGGGCAACGUCUUCCUUCCACCUGGCCUUCCCUUCUGGGAUUGCACAUGAGCUGCCUUCCCUGCCUGUGUGUACAAUCAGAAGACCAACCCCUUUCUCACACAUGAUCCUCUCAAGUGUCCUUGGUCUUCUACCUUCUUUCCUGAUUCCAGCCCAGAUACUUCAGGAAAAUCUUUGCAUUUCUUUUCUUUUUCCUUCUUUUCAAGUUUUUAUUUAAGUUCUAGUUAAUUAACAUGUAUGACAAAACUGGUUUCAGGUGCAGAAUUUAGUGAUUCAUCACUUAUAUAUCUGUAUUUAUUUUAUAAUAAAAUAAAAUUGUAGUCAUGGUAUGAAAUUAUUAAGGUAAGUUCUACCUCUUUGACAAAGAAGAAGCAAGUCAUAAGGAUUAAAGCUCAAUGAAAUAUGACAGGGUUUUUUUGUUGUUAAAAUAAGGCUCCUGGACGCCUGGGGUGGCUCAGUCAGUUAAACAUCCGACUCUUGAUUUCGACUCAGGACAUGAUCUCACAGUUUGUGAGUUUGAGCCCCGCAUCAGGCUCUGCACUGACAGCUGUGCAGAACUUGCUUGGGGUUCUGUCUUCCUUUCUCUCUGCCCUUCCCCUGCUUGCACGUGUACACAUGUGCUCUCUCUGUCUCUCAAAAAUAAACAUUAAAAAAUAAUAAUAAUAAAUAAGGCUCCUAAUAUAGGUAGUCACCAAAUGACUCUCCAGCAUCCACUCUAUUCUACUCUGUGUCUUCUCCACCUUUGUAGGUUCUAGCAGGUAUAAUUCACAGAGAAUUCAAGGGUUAGGUCAGUGCAUGUGACUGUGAACAGGCACAAAAAAAGCCUUUUUGAUGUGCAUAGGAGGUAAAAAUUCAGUGAUCCACUCUGUUUUUUGAUGGAGGGGGCCACUUGUCCAGUGAACUCUCAUACCACACUAACCAGUCAGUUUUGAGUCAAUGUGUGUUUGUGUUAUGCUGACAAAAAAGGUAGGAUUGUAUGUAACACAGUGUCAUCUACCUGUGCUGCCUUGUAGAUCACUUGAGAAUUCUAUCAGAUUCUUUGCUAAAUCAUGCAAUUCAAGAUCUAUAAACCUUUUUUUAUUCAGUGUUAACAGUUUCUAUUUAAAAAAAAAAAUUACCCGCAUGCUAAACACUGCAGAACUGUCUAAUAAUUCUUCACAUUGGUAGAGACACUAUGGUUUACAAAGCAAUUUAAAGUAUAUUAUCUCUUUUGGCAUCUUAAACCCAUUAUGGGUUAAUCUUGCUUCUGAGACCUAAGCUUGGCACCUAACUGCUAUUUAGAACAGGGGUCAGCAAGCUAUAAUCCAAAGGCCGACUUUGGCCCAUGCCCUGUUUUUGUGUAACAGCCUAAGAGCUAAGAUUGGUCUUUACGUUUUAAAUUUUUUUUUUUAACGUUUAUUUAUUUUUGAGACCGAGAGAGACAGAGCAUGAACGGGGAGGGUCAGAGAGAGAGGGAGACACAGAAUCUGAAACAGGCUCCAGGCUCUGAGCAGUCAGCACAGAGCCCGACGCGGGGCUCGAACUCACGGACCGCCAGAUUGUGACCUGAGCCGAAGUCGGACGCUUAACCGACUGAGCCACCCAGGCGCCCCAACGUUUUAAAAAGAUUGUAAACAAAAACAAAAAAAACAAGAACAUGUGACAGAGAGUGUGGCCUGCAGAGCUAAAAAUACUUAUAUUUGGCCCUUUGUAGAAAAGGUUUGUUGACCCUGAUUUAGAAUAUUACUCCUCUGAAAAGAUGUUUUGAGUUCCAGAAAGGUUAUUUACAAAUUAAGUUUUUGGGUUAUUACAUGCUUCUAAAUCAGGGAUUACCUAUGUUUUUGAAAGGACCUAGUCAUAUAGCCAUGUGAGAAAACUUACAAAUAUGACAUAAGUACCAUGUAUGUUUUAAAAUAUCCUAUUUUUAUGUAUAAAAUGAGGUUGUACAAGUCCAUGUUUACACACAUGUAGAACAUUUCUGGAAGGAUAAAUAAAAAUAUGCUAACAGUG